GUCUCCCAGACAAGCAGAGAACCACGUUCCAUUCAGAUCCAAUCUGAAGGCAAACAGCAUCUGUGGGUUCUACGUGACUCCAUGAAGGAACAGAGGGAGAACCGUCUGAAUGAAGGUUUUCUCUUACUGCAGAUUAAACAGAACGUUUACCUGUUGCAGCUCCAAACUGGAAUGAGCUGCUGCUGCUCAUCAGACAGGCCUCCUCACUGAUUUUUCUUCAGCAUUUCACACCACGUAGCUUUGUUGUUCUCAUAGGUUUGUAUCUGGGAUGGGCAGGCCAGUCUGUCUCUUCUAGUUAUUGUUUAUGGUUUUGUUUAUUUUGCUUUUAGUUUUAUUGUUUUUAUCUAGUUUUAUUGUUUUUUAUUUUGUUUUUACGCUUGUGUACAGCACCAAAGUGCUUUAUGAAUAAAUUAGAUUUAGAUUUUUUGGAACAGAAGGUCCUGAUGUGAACCUGAUGAAGGGUUCAGACUCUGAAAGUUCUAACGCAGAACAUCAGACGUCCGUCAGCAGAAUUCUGUUUGUUGAUAAAGUUCAUGUUUCCAGUUUAGAACUGGUACAGAGACGACUUCUGAUGGAACGUCUCAUCCUGGAGGAACCAACAGUUGUAAAACUUCUGCAGACUCUCCUGCUGUGAAGGGGCGGAGCCUGACACUCCAGCUGCUCUGUCAUUGGCUGGCUGUGUUCUAGGAGUAGGAGGAGCUGAGCUCUGAUUGGCUGAUCGUUGUAUUAAAGAAAAUGUACAGAAACUCAUUCCCCCUGGAGCCACUGCUGCCGGUUCCACAGGUUCUAUAGGUUCUACUGCUGCUUUUUCUACUACUGCUGCUGGUUCUACUGCUGCAGGUUCUACUACUGCUGGUUCUACUACUGCCGCUGGUUCCACAGGUUCUACAGGUUCUACUACUGCUGCUGGUUCUACAGGUUCUACUGCUGCAGGUUCUACUACUGCUGGUUCUACUACUGCCGCUGGUUCCACAGGUUCUGCAGGAGGCGUUACUCUGUCACAUUUUCUCGUCAUGGCCAACUGGACCGACUGUCUGAACUUUGGGAUCUCCAUCGCUAAACAGGCCAGUGAGGUGGUUCUGUCGGCGUUUCAGCAGCACAAAGAGGUGAAGCUGAAAAGUUCUCCGGCGGAUCUGGUGACGGAAACAGAUCAGAGAGUCGAGAAGAUCCUGAUCUCUGCUAUCAGGAACCGCUACCCUCAGCACAGGUUCAUCGGGGAGGAGUCUGUGGCUGCAGGUGAGCGUCUGGAGCUGACUGACAGUCCCACCUGGAUCAUCGACCCCAUCGAUGGCACAGUGAAUUUUGUCCACAGGUUUCCAUUCGUGGCCAUUUCCAUCGCCUUCACCUUCAACAAACAGAUCCAGUUUGGGAUCGUGUACAGCUGUGUGGAGGACAAACUGUUCUACGCUCAGAGAGGAGGAGGAGCGUUCCUCAACGGAGAACCACUGUACGUCUCUGGACAGCAAGACAUCAGCAGGUGUGUGGUGGUGACGGAGAUCGGAGCUGAGCGUGAUGACGUCGCUCUGUCCACCACGACCUCCAACAUCUGCCGACUGCUCAAGCUCCCCGUACACGGGGUGCGUGCUUUGGGGACAGCAGCGGUCGACAUGUGUCAGGUGGCCACAGGUGGAGCCGACGCCUACUACCACAUCGGGAUGCACUGCUGGGACAUCGCUGCCUCUGCCAUCAUUGUACAGGAAGCUGGAGGCGUCGUCAUGGACACGGACGGCUCGGAGUUCGACAUGAUGUCGAGGAGAGUCAUCGCCGCCAGCUCCGCCACCGUGGCCGAUCGUAUCGCUCAGGUGAUCCAGGCCUUUCCCUGUUGUCGUGACGACGAGGACAACUGCAGGUGUGGAGCGACAGGUGUGAACUGACUGCAGAUCACCUGACAAGAAGUGUGAUUAAAAACUAAUAAAGCCUGUAAACUGA